AGAUGGAUAAUGUACGUGCCAACUAUGCUAGAAAUUUUCCAAGUCAUAUGCAUUAUCGAGAUCAGCAUAUCAGUUAAUUUUUACAGACAGAGUUUUAUAUUUGCCUGACAUAACAAAUAGCAUUGUCACAAUUAUGCUUUAUUUAAUAAGUUGUUAGUAAAAUUGAUUAGCUAAAUAAAUUCAACAUUGUACAUUUUUUGCUUUGGUCUGGAAAACCUUAGAAGCGUUAUCUGAUAUGACAGCCCCACGAUAUUUUCUAUUUUAGAUAUUGAAGAAAGAAAAACAGAUUCGUGCCCAAGCAUACCUUGCUGUACAUACAAUUACAUCCAAGAUUCCUAUAAAUACAAAAUUCUACUCCACCGAAAUACACUAAAGAGUCUAUGAAUCUUGAUGUACAUCUGUACAUCUAUUACGCACAACCCCGGUUGCCGGUGACAUAAUGCACUGAUUGCAGUUGUGCAUCUUUCUGACAGUGUUUUUUUCAGUGUUUCGAAUGCCCGAAAUUUUUGCUGUUGUAAGAUCAUUCUGUCUCAUUAAACGUUGGAGUCAGUACAAUUAAACGACUAUCAUGGAUUUGAAGCUGAAAAAAUUAGCAUCAUCUGCCAACAUUUGGGUUCAACGAAAUUUAAGUCUCAAAGCAAUAACAAUUUUAAUGCUCUUGACCUUAAUGCUACUAAUUAAACUAAACUUGGAUUCGUCGCAAUUGGUAAAAACAGAAGAAACGUGUAAAGAAUUUGAAGGACGAGUAGUAGAUUGGCAAGAAAUCACAGAAAUUGGUUCACAUUCGGAUAAUAUCACUCAGAAGACCAAGUUUUUCGUGUAUUCUGCCUAUUUUGAUUAUUACGAAGGUGAAAAUGUAUUGCGAGUGGUUGCCGUUACUCCGUCAUUCUCCCAGCAGACUUUAUUCUGCCACGUAUUUGAUAAAUCAUUGAACCUGUUGGGCAUGUCCCCGGCAACCUUAAGGACAACGAAAUGUCCACAAAACAGUCUCAUGUACAGUGCAGCAUUUAUUCUCUGCAAAUUGGAUUCAGCCCUGAUUGGCGAAAUGCAGCAACAGGAUAUGAAAUUUGUCUCUAUUUAUCCUUAUUCCUCGUUAAGCGACAAUAUUCUCCGUGAUCCAGAUGGAAAGUUAUCUAAUAUAUUGAAAAUAAAUGUUCCCCCACCCGAAGAAAUUGAAGAGCCACACCAGUUCUCCCUGUGUGUUCAGCCAACAUUUUCCUACAACAAUGUCUUUGAAUUUGUACAGUGGUUGGAGUUUCACAAAAUGAUGGGAGUCAGUCACUUUUCGUUUUACAACAUGUCUAUCGGACCCACCGUUUCUUGCGUAAUGAAGUCAAUGGCAGUGAACCAAGAUACACCGAUUCAUGUUCUGCAGUGGACGACCCCAAGCCCUGAUCACUUGAUACUUCAUGUGAAUGGACAGAUAGCUCAAGGGAACGAUUGUGCUUUCAGAUAUCGAGGGGUUUCAAAGUAUGUGGUUUUUGUGGAUUUUGACGAGUGCAUUAUUCCAAAUUAUGUAUAUGCUCGAAACUACGACGAACUAAUCGAGGUGUUGGACGAGAAAUGGAAAAACACGUUUGGAAGAAACAGGACGGUGGCACAGUACCAAUUUCGAGGGGGAUUUUUCGGCUGGGAUUUUGGGAAAUUUCCUUCUUCCACCUUCAAAAAUAAUACUAAUAGUGGUCAGAUUGAGUUGGAGGACUUGGAAAUUUAUAAGCACGUGAUUCGACAGAAGGGGCUACUAAGCUAUAAACAUAGAUCCAAGCUAAUUACAAUUCCGAGGCGCAUUAUCGAGCCAGGGGUGCAUUCAAUUGACGAGGCAGUUGAUGACGGCGUUGAGUUUGAGGUUCCCCACAAAGUGGCGUAUCUUCACCAUUACCGACAAUAUGGAUGUGGUAGAAAUUGUACUUUUACGCCACAAGAAACCGAUUUUGUGGGGCAUUUUUUUGCCCUCACACUCUUGCAGAACGUUCGUCACAUGAUAUCAAAGUUGACGCAGGAAUGCGACUUAAAAUCUGUGAAAGAAUGGAGACGUGACAACAAUCAUGUUCGAUGACAAAUUCUUAUUUACUUAAAAUUCUAUUCACAAUCAUCAACUGACGUCAAGAUAAAAGAAGGCGUCUUCUCAAUAGCUUAUUAAAUAUGAAAAUUGUUAUUUAGUUAGAAGGACUUGAGAUGAACAUUGUGGGGUGACUUAUUUGUAAAACAAUAUUUAUUUUUCCAAAUAUUUAGACAGAUGACUUUUGCUUUCCAACAAAGAUGGCAUUAUAACUAGAACAAAAUAUUUAAGGGAAUGUAAAAAGAUUUAAACCAAAAUAUGCAUAUUAUUGAUCAAGUUGUUUGGUUAAAGCAAAUCUGAUAAGGCUGAUGUCAAACGAUCAUUCCGUUCUAUUGAUUUAUAGGUGAUGUGCCUGCAGGCCUCUUUGAAAAUUCUUGCGAAAUAUUUCUGCUAUACUUCAAUUAUGGCUGCUGCUUUAAAAUCGAUUUAGUGAGAUAAGUUUUGACUAGUAUGUUGGACUGCGCAGAAUUGACUGAAAAUAUUUGGCCAUUCCUUUUAUGUUCGUUGAGUUUUGUUUUUAAUUAGGUCAUUUAUUUGGUUACUUUAAUCCUUCGUAUUAAUUCUCACUUUCCCCAAAAACGUGUUUUUCGUCUAGAUGCCAUGAUUCGUUUAAAUUCACAAUAAAAAAUUGCAUAGAAGCUAAUUUGGCAUUUUCGGUUUGAGAGCCCUUCAACUUGGCGAUUUUCACAAUAAAAAAUUGCAUAGAAGCUAAUUUGGCAUUUUCGGGUUUGAGAGCCCCUCAACUUUGGCGAUUUUCACAAUAAAAAAUUGCAUAGAAGCUAAUUUGGCAUUUUCGGGUUUGAGAGCCCUUCAACUUUGGCGAUUUUCACAAUAAAAAAUUGCAUAGAAGCUAAUUUGGCAUUUUCGGGUUUGAGAGCCCUUCAACUUUGGCGAUUUUCACAAUAAAAAAUUGCAUAGAAGCUAAUUUGGCAUUUUCGGGUUUGAGAGCCCUUCAACUUUGGCGAUUUUCACAAUAAAAAAUUGCAUAGAAGCUAAUUUGGCAUUUUCGGGUUUGAGAGCCCUUCAACUUUGGCGAUUUUCACAAUAAAAAAUUGCAUAGAAGCUAAUUUGGCAUUUUCGGGUUUGAGAGCCCUUCAACUUUGGCGAUUUUCACAAUAAAAAAUUGCAUAGAAGCUAAUUUGGCAUUUUCGGGUUUGAGAGCCCUUCAACUUUGGCGAUUUUCACAAUAAAAAAUUGCAUAGAAGCUAAUUUGGCAUUUUCGGGUUUGAGAGCCCUUCAACUUUGGCGAUUUUCACAAUAAAAAAUUGCAUAGAAGCUAAUUUGGCAUUUUCGGGUUUGAGAGCCCUUCAACUUUGGCGAUUUUCACAAUAAAAAAUUGCAUAGAAGCUAAUUUGGCAUUUUCGGGUUUGAGAGCCCUUCAACUUUGGCGAUUUUCAC